AUGUCCAGUCGCGUAACCAAAUCCAAAAAACCCGCUGCGAAACGUGUCUCCCAAAACCGUCAUUCCCUGCAGAUUCUUGUAGAAGCUGUUGGUACUUUGGCCAUGCCGUGUUCUUAUUGUGAGCAGAGGGGGCUUGUGUGCAAGAUAUCCCCUCAGUCUUCAAGUCGUUGCCAGUCCUGCGUGAGGGCUGGUGAAUCUUGUGACGGGUACGGCUUGUCCGUGGCCGCUGCUCAAAAGAUUGCCGCUGAAAAGGAGCGUUUGGAGCGUGAGGAGGAGGAGGCAGAGGAGAAGCUGUUACAGCUUCAGGAGAAAAUGAAUGCAGUUCAUUUGGAGAUGAACACGCAGUUUGCGCGUAUCUCACGGUUGCGUCGUCAGAAGCGUCAGGUGACCACGAAGGGUCUCGACAUGAUUCGUCGGGGUCUCGAAUCGAUGGAUGCCUUGGAAAAGGCCGAGCAGGAUGAGGCUGCUGCGGAGGAAGUGUCCCACAUCGACGGGACUUUCCGGGACUAUUCCGCGGAAGUGGUGGAUGCUAGUUGGGAUUCCUUGGGUUUGGGCGAUUAUCUUUUGCCUGCUUCCGGCGUUGCUGGUGAAAGUCCUUCAGAAGGCGUUGCACAUGGGUGA